CUUUUAAAAAAUACUGGUAGGUGAUUGGAUGUACCACCUGUCAAUCACCUCCUAUCCCAUCCCCUUACCAUAUGACGUACUAGGAGAGCGCCUGAGCUAACACUGUUAUCAAUCAUGUCUGUAGAAGACUUUUGCCGUCUUUGUAAGGGAAAUUUGCGCAUCAAAGGCACUCUUUCGAACACAAAAAAGAUAUUUCCUUUAAGGAGGGUACCAAACGAGAAAAGUGUUAACGAACGACUAAUGGCAUUGGGGUUAACAUUGUCUAAUGACAACUCAAGAUCGGGUCGAAUUUGUAGAUCGUGCUUUCGCUUGGUUGUAAGAAUAGAAGAGGAUUUUGCCGUUUUUAAAAAAUGGCAUGAAGCAGAGAAAGAAAGUGUGCCAGAAACACCAUCUUCCUCCUUAGAGGAACGGGUACCUGGCGAGGAAGUUAGUCUCGCGAUAUCCGGAGUUCACAGCAUCUCUCCCGUCAGUGGAGAGAAACGGGCCAGGGAGCGCUCACCUUCAGAGACCACAAUUUAUGUUAACAAAAAACUUUGUACCGAAACACCAACUCCUAAAUUGUCGAGGCCAACUGCUGAGAUGCCGGUCAGGCGAAGUCUGACGGAGGUUAUUAUUCACUACCCUUCUAAUCCAAAGGGUGACAAGAUGGAAUGCCAAGCCAACAUAGCAGGGAUUGUGGAAAACAUCACAAAGGAGAAUUGGAGAACGGCUGCCAAUCUGAUUGUCCGACAUAAAGAACUUUUUGGACGACUCAAGGAAAAUGUCCUUAAAGUCAUAGAGGAUGAGAGCAAACUACUUUGUAACCCAUACAAGGGCUUCAUGCUGUGGCGGUCAUCCGCGGCCGAUUUAAAGGCAUUUACAUUUGCAAAUUUGCUGUCGGAUCUUGAGCGUUUGUCCCCAUUCAUGUUUUCUAUAUUUUCUAAAAUCACCAAACGGUCUCCCCAUUCCACUUGUGCUGCUGCCGCGAUAGCUUUGAGAGGAAGGGAACCGCGCCUGUCAGCCUUUGCAUACUGUGUUGAUAGUGUCCUAAUGCACGGCGGGGCGAAGAAGGAAGUUUUUAAAAGGCUGAGCAAACUGGGCAUUUCGACAUCGCACAGUUCUGCUCUAACAAAACAAAAAGAAUCGAAGCUGCUCGCAGCCUCUGAAGAUAUUCAGAACACGCAGAGCAGAGAAGAGAAAAUGCCGGUUGAAUGCGAUUUUGAGAGUUAGCGCGUCGCAUUUAUUCAAAUUGACAACUCGAUAUCGUUGAUAUAUCAACACUUAUUAAGGUGAAUGUCCUCUGUGAGUAGCAAUUUUCAGGCAGACUUCAUGGGUCCAUCCAUCAGGCUGCUUGGCAGAGUGAGAGAAUGCUAGUCCCUGUUGAGGUUGUCAGAGAGGCUGAGGUCUUUAAAGAUCAAGCAGGCAGAGAGUACACAGCAUUUCCUUAUUUUGAACCUUCUCUCAAUACUGAAGUACCUACAGUGAUUUGUGGGGAUGGAUGAGGUUUAAUUGAAGGUAUGGAUGAAAGGGCCGAAAAUGACUUGAUUCUAAAUAA